AUGGCUCCCGCUCUCCAGAUUUCCAUCCCGACCACCUCGAUCGCCGACCCGGCAGGCAAGCCCUAUACCGUCUACCACAUUACUCUACAACUGCCUCUGCGGAAACACGAGAUCAAGAAGCGAUAUACAGACUUCACGAACCUCAACAACGAUCUCGUAUCGCAAACCGGCCAGGCACCUCCUGUUGCUCUUCCCGCGAAAUCAUGGCUUCGACGGACGGUUAACAGCCAGGCACUUACGGAGGAAAGACGGCAGGCGCUGGAGAAGUAUGUCAAGAGCAUAAUAGAGUCAGAUGAUGCGCGGUGGCGAAGUAGUAGCGCAUGGAGGACUUUCUUGAACUUGCCGAGCGGUAUGAUAACCACGACUGCGAACGGUCACGUACCACAGCAACGACCUGGAAGUGCUGGACCUGUCACGGAUCCUAAUCAGUGGUUGGAGGUUCAUCGGGAUUUGAAGUCGCAGAUACAGAGCGCGAGGCAGCUGCUUAAACGGAGAGAAGCCGCUACCACGGCGCAGCAACAGCAUACUCUUUCCGCCGAUGCAAAAGCUAGCCUUGUAAGAGCGGCAACGUCAAUCGCGCAGCUGGACGAUGGAUUGAAAGCGAUCUCGGCUGCUAGUAAAGGCGACGAUGCGGGGUGGGGUGGUGCAAAGAGGUUAGGAGAUGGCGAGCUCAGACGGAGAAGAGAUCUGGUCGGAGCAGCAAAGAAAGAAGUCGAGGGCCUGGAAGCCGUAUUGAAGAGCAUGGCGACCAAAGCGGCGACCGCAUCGAGUAGUGUCAACACCACUGCUGUGGCAACAGCGUCUGACAAAGAAGGGCUUUGGCGAGGGACUGCGGCGGCGAAGCCCAGCGGUCGUGUCCUCGGAGGACCACUCAAGGAGACGGAACGCACACGAGAACUGGACAACUCAGGUGUCUUGCAGUUGCAGAAACAGGUCAUGCAAGAACAAGAUGAGGAUGUACUGUCUCUUGGCAAGACGGUGGCGAAGCUGAAGGACAUGGGCAUUAUGAUCAAUGAGGAGCUCGCUAUUCAGAAUGAGAUGCUGGGGUUGGUGGAGCAAGAUGCGGAUCGGGUGCAGGGCAAGAUUGAUGUCGCGAAGCGACGGAUAGGAAAGAUCAAGUGA